CGUCGAGGACCAAUCAGAGGCGAGCAGCAUCACCCUUCCGCUCUUGUGAUUGGCUGCUCGACCUAACGGCUGAGGCCCAACGGCUCCCCCGCCCCGCUUCGCCCCGCGGGAGUCGCGAGCGAGAAGAGCGGAAAAGGGGCGCCUCGUUUUAAAUGUCUUUUUAAUCGAGAUAAACAAAAUAUAUUAAACGGUCGUGUACAUUUUACGAAAACAAAAGAAAGUGAUCGUCACCAAGCGGUUGUUGAGUGAGAUGGCGAACCCUUCGACCUUCCGCUACGUCGAGUCGCCCUGCAAGGACAUUGACAAUGUCUUGGAGUCCACAACAGAUAUAGAAUACCUCCCCGAACGCAGGCGCCUUUUCCCGGAGUUCUCCGUCAUCUCCCCAUCGGAGCAUACGCCGCCAGAAGAUGUGGACACCCGGGAGCACCUGCGCGUGUACGCCAGGAUCAAGCGAGUUUCCGGCAACAGCAGCGAGGCUAUGGAAGAGUCGUGUGUGGUUGUGGAAGGGGAUGGAAACCUUCUGCUGCACGUUCCGUCUAAAAACCUCUCCCUGAAGCAGGGGGAUCGGAUAGAACAGACAAUACAACGAUUCACCUUCACACAGGUAUAUGGGCCAGAGGUGAGCCAGAAAGAGGUGUUUGAUAACACCGUCAGGCCACUCGUGCAAGAAUUCCUCCUGGGAAACAACUGCCUCGUGUUCACCUAUGGCGUAACUAACUCGGGCAAGACCUACACUGUGCAAGGCACGGUUAAGGACGGGGGCCUUCUGCCCCGCACCCUGGACCUCCUCUUCAACAGCUUGCAGGGUCACGUGUGCUCAGUGCCUGAGUAUAAACCAUACCGGAGCUCCGAGGUGCUGCACCUGGACCCGCGUACCAUAGUGGAGGAACAGGCGGCGCAGAGCGCGCUCCUCGCGCUCGCUAAGAAGGCAAACCGCAGCCUUUUAGACUUGGACAAAACCAAUGGGAAAUCUUUGACGUCCACCGAUGGGACAUUGCAGGAAUCCAUCAUGUUUGGGGGACCGUCACAGUCCUUAAACGAACUGGAGAGUCGCAAAGCCAUCAGCGACUGCGUUAGCCUUGAGCCGUCGGAAAACGAGCGCAUCUACUCUGUGUGGGUGGCAUUCUACGAGAUCUACAAUGAGCUGAUUUACGACCUUCUUGACUUUACGCCGGCCACACGCCUGGCCCAGCGCCAUAUCUUGCACAUGGCAGAGGAUCAGCACAAGGGCCCCUUCAUAAAAGAUAUCAAGUGGGUUCAAGUGCACAAUGUCAUUGAGGUGCUGACCCUUCUAAAUGCCGGCCGGAAGAACCAGAGUUUCGCCUCCACCAAGCUCAACCUCAACUCUAGCCGGAGCCACAGCAUCUUCACUAUCCGACUCAUUCGGCUGGAGAAGGGAGCUAAGCCGGAGGUCACCGCAAUAAACGAGUUCUCGAUCUGCGAUCUGGCUGGCUCGGAGCGGUCAAGCCGCACGCAUAACGUGGCCGACCGGCUGCAGGAGGCGUGCAACAUCAACACGUCGCUCCUCGCGCUCGGCAAGUGCAUCACGGCGUUGCGCUUCAACCAACAGGCCAACAGGCUGAACAGCCGUGUGGUGCCGUUCAGGGAGAGCAAACUUACACGGCUCUUCCAAGUCUACCUCUUGGGCAGGGGCAAAACAUGCAUGGUGGUCAACAUCAACCCCAGCACCUCCUGGUACACGGAGAACCUCAACGUGCUGCGCUUUUCCGCAAUCGCCAAACAGGUGCUGACGCACUUUCCGGAUCGUCUGGGGAAACGCACACAAGCCGAUUGCUCCAGCAUGAUCGUUUCAGCCGAUGGCGCUGUCGUCCCCGAGAAGCGGGCCAGGGCGGGCGCCAGUCGCACGGCGUCAGUUGCGUGCAGUCGUGCCACCAUUGCCAAACUGGUGGCGGCCGCCGGUGCUGCCACCGCUAACGCGGCCGUGAAGCCCAUCCAGGAGGCUGGCGGCGAGGCAGAAGGAACCGACAGCGUCGUCGAUGAAAACUGCAGUGAAGUCAAUUUGGAUGAGAAUGAUGAUCAGGAGAUGGAGGUGGAUCGGCUGAAAGAAGAGUUGAGGAAGGAACGUGAGGACAGGAAACUGGACGAGUGGAGGAUUCGUGGGGAGAUCUCCAGUCACCUCGAAUACCUUGACAACCUGGAUGAACAACAGAGGAAGAACAACGAGCGCACGUACGAGCACAUGGAGGAUAUCUGGGAGAGGCGGACCAAGCUGCUGGAGGAGACGUGGAAGCGGUACCAUGAGAGGGAGAUGCGCGAACUGCAGGAGACGUUCAAGGCUGACAAGGACCUGGUGCCGAUAGAGCGGCUGGAAGCCGAGACGGAGAAGCUGAGGGAGAAGGCGGAGCUCGCCGAGCAGCAGGCGAAGCGAAUCCUAGAGCUGGAGGCGACCCUGGUGGGCCUACAGCAGGACGUGAGGGCCCUGCGGGAGGCGGGCGAGGAAUCGCGCCGGCAGCUGGAGCUGCUGCCCGAUUCUCCGGUGUUGAAGGCACAGAGAAUGGACCUUGGGACACUGAAAGAGGCCAACCGCGAGCUCAAGGUGACCCUGGAGGAGGCCGGGGAGACCUUUGAAAAGAACCGCAAGGAGAUUAAGAGCUUGAAGCAGCGCAGCGUGAAGCUAGAAGAGGAGCUUUCCACAAAGGACCUUCUGAUCGAGGAGCUGCGCGUGUCGCUGGCCAGCAGGGACAAGCAGCUGAGCUCCAAGCUCUCCGAGCUAGCGUCGUUGAAGGCCACCGAGAAGCAGCUGAGGGGGCCAGCAUUUGGGAAAACACAAGCGCAGGCCACGCCGUCGAAACCCCAGUGGCAGGGAGAUCUUUCCACGAACCGCACGCACAUCCCAAAAUCCCUCCCGGCGAUCCGCCCGCUCACCCAGCGCUCUCACGGAAAUGUGCACCAAUGUGGGAGCGCCUUCGAAAAUACCCAAAACGUCAGUCCGCGGUUGGCGCAAGUACUACGCGAGGUUCAGCUACAGAGCGCCAACAAGAGAGGCGGCGCUCCGGGUUCCGAGCCUGCGGGCUGUGACGACGUUUGCCUGAGCGAAGCGCUUGGUGACGCGGAACGGGCACGCGCGGAGCUGCGAGAGGCGUUGGAGAAAGCGUCUCGUCUGCACGCUGAGAAUUCGGAGCUGCUAGCGCGGUGCGGGCAACAGGAGGAGCACAAGCAACGGCUGGAGAGCGACCUCGCCGCACUGAGAGAGACGCUGGGGAAGCGCGGCGUGGACGAGAGGCUCUGUGAUGCCGAGGCGAAGACAAACCCCGCCGGUGCCCGGGUGAGCCAAGAGCUGCACCGCACCAAGCGCGAGCUACUGGAGGUGAUGCGUACCCUGUCGAGCAAGAACAAGGAGCUGGAAGCGGUGCAAGCCGACCUGGAGGAGGUUGGUAUCCUCAAAGCGCAGAACGGGCAGCUGGCGGCCGAGUGCGCGCUGCAGGCGGUCACUCUGUGCGAGCAGGCGCAGGCGCUGGUUGCGUUGGACCGCAGGCUGGAGGGGAGCUGCGCCGAGCUGCGCGAGAAGACGGCGACUCUGAGCGCCACCGAGGGCGCCGUCGCGGGUUUGCAGGCCGAGCUGGCGGAGUCGCGGCGGGAGCUGCGCGAGGAGAGGGACCGACUGGAGGUGGCACGUGACGCGGCCGAGCGGGAGGCGUCGUCGUCGAGGAGGGACCUCGCGGAGGUCAAGGCGGAGCUCGCCGACCUCCUCGCACAACUCGGAGACGCCAGACGGGAGGCGGCGGAGAAAAUCGCCGAGCUGGAGGAGGCGCGGGUGCGGCUCGCGGAACUGGGGCAGCUCAAGACCCAGAACGAGGAGCUCUUUAACAAGUCCAUGCAUCAAGCGGACACCCUCAAGGAGGUUACGGAAGACUGCGAGAACCUCAGGAAGGAGCUUGAGCAAUGCCUCAAGGUGCUGCGAGACAAGAGAGGGGAGGCCGACGAGAGGACGGAGGAUAAUGACUCGAAGGCGGCACAGACGAAGGCUGGGGCUGAACUGGCGGAGACCAGGAGUAAGCUGGCUGAGACGAGGCAGGAGCUGGAGAGAGCAACCAAGAAGUAUGAAGAGGCCCAGAAAGAACUGGCCGAUGUGAGGGCGUGUGCCAACAGCGGCUCCGGCGCCGGAAACUUCCACCGCACGAUGGCGGCACUGGAAGAGCGGUGUGAGCGGAUGGCUGGUCAGUCCGACGAGUCGGAGAGCGGUGUGGGGACGCCGCGGGCCGAGGCGCCCGAGCGGGAGGUGAAGCGUCUGCGGGAGCUGCUCGCCGAGCACGAGGCGGCGAGCGCCGAGGCGAAGGCUCGUGAGACCCGGCUGCGGCGCGAGGCGCACAUGGCACAGGACGCGCUCAAGGCCGCAAACCGCCUCAUGGGCGAGUGGGAGGCCAAGCUGUCCGUGUCGAAGGUGGCGACGGCGAGCGGGCAGGACGGGGCCGACCGCCGGUGCGCGCCGGAGCGAACGCUCGUGGAGAAGGAGGAGCCGGAGUCGGUGGCGCUGGCCGAGAUCGCGGCGCUCGAGCGGGGCGCAGCCGAGAAGGAGGCUGAGGCGAGUGGGCGGAGGGUUGAGGGGGCGGAGGGUCGAGUGCGCGCCGUCCCGGCGAGGGAGGAAGCAUCGGCGCCGGUUGCGGGGACCGACGGUCAAAACCGCGGGCCGAUCGGCGCGUCGCAAGCUACCCGGGCGGCGGACGUGGAGCGCUUGGAGGCGACCGUGGCCGAACUCGCGGUGGAGAAAGAGAAGUUGUUCUUCGAGCUGUCCGCCCUGAGGGAGGCGAACGGCGCCCUGUGCCAGGAGCUGCAGGUGUGCGAAGAAACGAUGAGGACACUGGAGAGCCGGCUGGGCACGGAGGAGACGGCGGAAAGGCGGGCGGAGCGUGCACGUGCCGAGAAGGCGGCGCUGGAGGAGGAGCUCGCGAGCGUGCGUGCCAAACUGCGUGGGGCAGCGGAGGAGAGCGACGAUCUCCGGGAGAAGCUAUCGGACGUGCGGAGGCAGAUGCAGCACGUCGAGAAGGAGAUGGAGAUGGCCCGUGCGGAGAAGGAGCGAUCCGCCCGCCUGGAACAGGAGCUUGAGAAGGUGCGCACACAGGGGGCGCAGUGCAUGGCCGGCAGGGAUCGGCAGCUGCAGGUGCUGCGCCGGGAACUGCAGCAGGAGCGGGAGAAGAGCCCUUCUCCCCAAGCCGCCGCCACCGUCGUCGCCGCCCGUGUCGAGAAACGUGACGACUUGGAGCCGGUUGUGACACCGCUAGACAGUCGCUGGAAGGAAGCGCAGCGGGAACUGACGUCGCAGCUGAAGGAGGCCGAGCAGCGGCGCAACGUGGAGGUGAAGCGGUGGGCGGCGGAGCGCGAGAAGCUGCAGAAGCAAAUCCAGGAGGUGGAGAGCAAGAAGGAGCAGGAGCUGCGCGCGUGGCGCGAGGAGCGCGACCUCCUCGCCUCGGGCCUGGCCUCCGAGUUCGACUCCCUGCGCACGGCGCUCGCUGAGCGCGAUGCCGAGAUCAGCCGUCUGAACGCCGUCGUCGCGGCCAACGCCGCCGCCAAGGCGCCCGGCGAGACAGAGGGAAGCGCCGCGCAGCCGAAGGGAGCGCCGCGCCGCGCCACGGAGUCACCGCCUCAACGGACCAGCGCCGUCCGCAGGCGUCGCCCCGAGGAGGAGGAGGUGGAGGAGGAGGAGGACGAGGAGGAGGACAAGUCCCUAGAGUCACGGCGCAGACGCAACAGCAAGCAGCCACGACUGGCGUGCCCCGGUGACUGCGACACCGUGGUGCUCGACCGCUCGGACGUGUCGGUGGACGGGGGAGGCCACGUUCCGCGCUUCCCGCGCUCUCAGCUCGCCAUCCACCUCUCCCCGCUCAAACAGCACCAGCUGCUGAAGUCCUCGGCCAAGGUUCCCUCUCCCCAGAAAGCCAGCGAUGAGGGCCGGAGCGGCAGCCGGUUGAUGAAGCUGAGGAGCAAAACUCAGCUGAAGGGCGGCUGUGAGCAGGACGGCGGCGCGUCGGGGAAGACGGUGAGCGCCGGCACGAGGCUCGGAGCGGGGAACUGUGGCGGGGACACCGGUGCGACGGGACCCAUGCAGCGCAUCGGAGACUUCCUGCAGAGCUCCCCCACGCGCCUCAAGAGCUGCGCCAAGCAGAUCGCGAGCACCUUCAAGUCCGCGGAGGCGGUGAACGCCACCGCCGCCGAUGCUGCCAAGACACCGCCGCUCGGCAAGAGGAAGUGCAAGCGCAAGUUGCUGAAGCUGGAGAUCUCCUCUCCCAUGGACUUCUCGUCGCACACGUUUGUGGACAACAAGCAGCAGAACGCGGAGAAGGAGAGCGACCACAACACCAUCAUGCGGCAGCUGCGCAGGCGCAAGCAGUGACGGGGAGACGCGUCGCUGGCACUUCUCGCGCUCGAGAGUCCGGAGUCUGCACCGAAGAAAUGUAUCCCGGUCUCAACCUCACGAGGCACAUCCACCGGAGAACGAAGCGAGCGGUUUUGUAAUUGGUGAGCGGGGUGGCGAUGGAACUGUUCGGCGAGCCUAACGGCUCCUCGGGCUCACGACGACGUGAGCCCGCUUGCGUCAUGUCAAGAACGGAUUGUUUCUGAUUUGUGUACACGAUCGGCUCACGGAAACCCCCUGCAGCCGCGAAAGAGAAGAAAAUCUAUUGGCAAAUUGAAUAGGAGAUGGUUAAUCUAAUCGUGGAGAGGGCGAGUCGUUGCGUCCUUAUUGACGAGAGUAGAUUUGAGCUCUGACGUGAUUAAGCACCCACUUGAUUUAGUUUCUUAACGAACGACAGACCCAGCGGCGACCUCUCGCUGGGGAGUAGAAUCGUUUUUUUCGGUGAUUCGGCGGAAAUGGCGGCAGCACAUGCCACUUUUGUGAAUGAGCAGCACGUGCGUGAGUUUAAGGAAAAAAAGCACGUGGCUUUUAGCGAGCGGCGGGGAACAAUUUGAGCGAACGCCGACGGGGAAAGUUUUAAAGCGCGAGCCGAAUGAAGGCAAAGUUGUUUUUAUUUUCCCGAACACAAAAGGUGAACUCGGAACGUUACGAGCGUGUCGAAUUUACAACCGGCUCUUAUCCCCCUCCUUCCUGAGUGUGUGACAUGCGGAGAGUUUAUGGCGCUGGACCUCUUUCGGUUUGACUUAUUGCCCGCACUCUGGUGCAUGCGUUGUCUUGCCAACCGUGCAUUACUUUUCUGACAGGGCUUCGAGAUAAGUUUAGAAGCCCAGGGUCAAUGUUAGCGGCCGCCCGGGUUAGUUGUGUGGGUUAGAUUGUGAGAUUUGCUUAACGCUCCGGGUGUCCGAGUAGAGAGCCGGAGCCUCGGCCACUGACGUUUGUCAUCGUUACAGUCUGCAUACAAAAACAAACAUUCAGCCAUUCUCAAGUCACCAAUGGAUGAAGACCUUUCCAUGCCCUGGGGUUUAUCUUUUUAAACAUACUUCACCAUGCUGGUCAGUGCAGGUUGGUGAAAUAGGGGAGAGUGGUGGGAUCGGGAACUCAGGUUGCUGGCUUUGUGGUGCAGCGUGCUGCCAACAGCUAUGCCGGCGUUCCACUUGCUCCAUAGCCCUUAUGAUUCACAACGUGUACAACAUUUUUUACGUCAAAGCAAAGAGGUCAUUGGGGCCCGAUGCCACUCAAAGCAGCCGCCACACAUCAUCAUCGUCGCUUCUUUCCUGCUGUCACUUUGCUCGGCUGGAGCACAGACGCUGUAUACACCCCCACGCGCGGUCAUCGAUGUAGCUUUCUGAUGAGAGGGGAGCACAGAGAAUCGCCGGCGAUGGCAUGUUUGAAGCGUGUUUGAAGCGCACGGGAGGGCGUUUAUUGCUCUGCUUGUCGUGAUUCUGGUGUCAGGUGCAGCAGUGGUAUUGCUGCCGCUGUUUCCUGACGGCCGUGAGUAUGAGGAGACGGGGGUGGUGGGGGGGGGUACGCAGCUGACAGCGUGGCUCCAUCGCGUGCAGGAGGUUUGAUUUAGCAGGAAGAGCCUGGCGAUGGAAUGUAGGCGGGUAACAAUAUACCACUAUUCAUCAAUUACAUUUCCAUUGCUGUGCUCGUGAGGAUGUCCAUCGAGGAGAGUGAUGAAAUCAGUUGGUGUGCAGGUGUCGUGUGAGUUUCUACGUGGCAGCAUUGUGACAGGUGGAUUGAUGAUGAUGCAUAUAUCGAAUCUCGUGUGUGUGUGUGAGAAUCGAUUAUAAAAAGAAUGUGGAUACGUUUUAUGUGAUUGGGUCACCUGCAGCCGCUGGAGGCCGCCGCAUUCACCAACACUUGUAAUGCGAUUGUCGAAGAGCCGAAUCGUGAACCACAAAUGGGGGACCACCAAGCUGGGAGGGGACAAAUUGGUCAUGGUUCCACGCAGCAAACCUUUGAUCCGUGCUCGCGAGAAAGCGACCUUGAGUCUGCUAAUGCAGCCUGCGUGCCCCACCUGCGGCUGCACGCUGUGAACAUUCAAGGUAGAUAGCGCCAGAUAUUUUUGUUUCUUUUUGGCAGCCGUCCCCGAGCCGAGCGAGCCAUAGACUCGUAACCGCCUUAAUGCUUUCAUUUCGAUCACUUUGCCAGAAAUCUAUAUGUAUGUAUAUGUACCACUGCGUAGGGUUUUUUUCCUUCCGCGCUCGUGCUGUUCCGCUCUCCCAUGUGGGUGUUUUUUUUUCUCAUUCAGUUGCUCGGCACGGUGUCCCGGACGUGUCGGUCCGCGUGCCCCCCAGCUCGCUGGGGAGCGUGCAACACGCGGUAGCGAUGUGGGAAACGAACGGGAGACCUGUGCACAUGUGAAUACAUAUACACGAGUGUGUGUACAUUCAUCACUAAACCGGUUUUCGCACUGGAAUUGCCGUCCGCGCGGCGACGCGAGUUCACAGGGGAAAUCCCCUUUUGAGUUUUAAUUUUAUUUACGCACGGUUUCACGUUUGACAAGCGGAUAGCCAUUUGGCGACGCUGCCGCACACGCACGCACACAAAGACAAAGAUCCCCCGUAUAGCCUUAACAGACUGUUGGGGCAAGUGCUUUUAGCGAGCACCUAUGAAGGCCGGAACGGUACACGAGAGGGUGGGUUGCCAGCACCACGCCCGGCCGCCUUUGUCUUCCUAGUGCAGAUGUUUUUUUAUCACUGCACCAGGUACUCAUUUGAGACCGAGUCGACCUCGGGAAGGAGGCCCAGGACCGGUUUGGAUAAUCAUCGCUGGUGUUGGACAGAUUUUGAAACGGAUGGUGAUUUAGAGCAGUCUGAGAGGGAGGUAUGUGAUCGUCUUUUUGUCUCGGUGAUCCUACUCGUCUCGUUCCUUGAUGCUGUGGUUCUCUAUAUAUAUAUUUUGGUUUUGUACCGUCGGACUCUGCGUUCGCGAUCGGAAUUUUAUGGAGAAAUAUAAUUCGUGUGAAUGGCAAAACACGCGGAGAGUUAUGCACCGGGAGCUGUUGUGUCGCUUGGAUCGUCUGACCUUCAGCAAAUCUAAACCGUCAGCAAAAUCUCGACGAAUAAGAACGUAUGCUUUUGUUUAAAUGGAAAUAAUGAUUCCGCUUUUAUUAGCAACAGCAGUAUUUUUCACACUUAAUAAACACUUU